CCUCUUUGCUCAAUCCAUCCAUCCAAAGUUUUCAUAAAAUCAAAGCAUUGCAAUCAGUUUUUAACAUCUGGGAAAAAUGACACAAGAUAUUGAGAUGAAAGAGCAACAAGAAGUUCAAGCAGCUCCUUCUAAUUCGGUUUCAUCCAAGAUUCCUUCUGUUUUACAGGAAUUGAAGGAGAUUGUGGCAUUGAUUGAGAUGGGAGCUUAUGCCCGUGAAGUUCGGAGGAUAUUGAGGGCUAUUAGGCUGACUAUUGCCCUAAGAAGUAAGUUGGAUGCUUCGGUGGUUUCUUCGUUUGUUAACUUUGCUCUUGCGCCUGGUUCGGAAACUCAUUCUCGCUUAACUUCGUAUCUUCCAAAGGAUGGCAAGCAUGACAUGGAAGUUGACACUGCAUCAUCUGCAACUCAAGCUACAGCAAAACACUCUCCAGAGCUUGAGAUCUACUGUUACUUGCUUGUGCUAAUAUUCCUGAUUGAUCAGAAAAAAUACAACGAGGCCAAGGCUUGUUCCUCAGCGAGCAUUGCCCGUUUGAAAAACAUUAAUAGGAGGACUGUGGAUGUUUUGGCAUCCAAACUCUACUCCUACUACUCUCUUAGCAAUGAACUUACCGACAAUCUCUCUGAAAUUCGUGGUAAUCUCCUUGCGCUGCACCGGGUUGCUACAUUGCGUCAUGAUGAGUUGGGGCAGGAAACACUCCUCAAUCUGUUACUUCGCAACUAUCUCCAUUACAAUUUGUUUGAUCAAGCAGAGAAGCUGAGAUCUAAGGCACCACGUUUUGAAGCUCAUUCGAAUCAGCAGUUUUGCAGGUACCUAUUUUACCUUGGGAAGAUUAGGACGAUUCAGCUAGAGUACACCGAUGCAAAGGAGUCCCUUCUCCAAGCUGCUCGAAAAGCCCCUGUAGCUGCUCUUGGUUUCCGUGUUCAAUGCAACAAGUGGGCUGUGAUUGUUCGUCUGCUUCUUGGAGAGAUCCCUGAGCGAACUGUCUUUAUGCAGAAAGGCAUGGAGAAGGCCUUGAGGCCCUACUUUGAGCUGACAAAUGCUGUUAGGAUUGGAGAUCUUGAGCUAUUCAAAGCCGUUGCAGAAAAGUUCUCCUCGACUUUCAGCACAGAUCGAACCAACAACUUGAUCGUAAGACUGCGUCACAAUGUCAUAAGAACCGGACUGCGCAACAUAAGCAUCUCUUAUUCACGUAUCUCACUCGCUGAUGUGGCAAGAAAGCUCAGGUUGGAUUCCCCAAACCCUAUUGCUGAUGCCGAGAGCAUCGUGUCUAAGGCCAUUCGUGAUGGUGCCAUUGAUGCCACACUUGAUCAUGCAAAUGGAUGGAUGGUAUCUAAGGAGACGGGUGACAUAUAUUCAACAAACGAACCUCAAAUGGCCUUCAAUUCUAGAAUUGCUUUCUGCUUGAACAUGCAUAAUGAGGCAGUACGUGCCCUUCGGUUCCCCCCUAAUUCCCAUAAAGAGAAAGAAAGUGCUGAGAAGAGGAGAGAGAGACAACAGCAGGAGCAAGAGCUUGCCAAACAUAUAGCUGAAGAAGAUGAUGACGACUUUUGAUUUGGAUCUUUGUAACAACGUUCUUCAUUGAGUAAUCUAUUGCUUUUGGAUCGUGUAAUGUGAUUUUUAGCCCGUCACAACUUGUGUAAUUUGGAAUGGUAAUCUUAUGAACUCUUGUGUUGUAGAUGUAGCUGGUUAUUACUAUCGAUUCAGCAAACUGGCUACAAAAUUGUUAUUUCUUUUAAGAGUGGGUAACUUUUUUAGCCAUCA